CCUCUUGUGUCUCCUUUGAAAAUUGUACCCGCGCGCGCAUUCAUUCAUUGUGUGUGCAAAAUUUUGGAUAAACGUUUGUAAAAUACUCAACUUUAGCAAGGACACAAUUACAAACAAUAUAUAUCAUGACCACUGAACAGAAGGAAGUGAAACCAAGUAAUGAACAUGUGACGUUAAAAGUAACUGGUGAUGAUGGUUCAACGAUAAGCUUCAAGAUCAGGCGCAGGACAAAGUUAGCUAAACUCAUGGAUGCCUACAGGGACAAACAGGGUUUGAGGGGACAGCUGCGUUUCCGAUAUGAUGGCCAGCCAGUAAACGAAGAUGACACACCAGAGACUCUUGAUAUGGAGGAUGAAGACCAGCUUGAGGCAUAUCAAGAGCAGACCGGUGGUAGGGGGUAGGCUUGGACUCAUUUCUGAUGAAUCAUUAGUUCCAAUUGUUCCGCAACCUACAUGUGCAUCUUCACAAGAAUGUCAGAGACCAGCAAUGUAGCAAUUAUUUGAUUGUAGUUUUUAAAUGCCCUAAAUGAUCGACUGAUACAGUUCAACAAAUUAACCCAUGUGAGAUGCUGCAGAGUCGGUGUGUUGAAAGUCUGGCACUCUAGUUAUGUUCCUCAACUUAAUUAUCCCUUUUUGCAAAUUUGUUUCUCUGAUUUUGUCUUUGGCUUAUGUGUCUUAUUUAAUCAUAGUUUGUGCCAAAGUAUCAUUUAAAUUGCCUAAAACCUGGUUUUUUGUAAAUAAUUGUCAAGUGAGUUGAUGGGUACGGUGUCACAUGACAUCAUUUCUGCAGUAAGACAUAUGCACGUGCAGGUUGUGGAUAAGUCCCUCAUUUCUUUUGUGUAUAAAUGUCUGUGGACACUCUGAAAAUUUGUACAAUAUUAUGGAUGUAGCACUACUUUUUGUCCAGUUAUAGUAACUUUGAAAUUGUGUUCAUUGAAAUCACUUUGUAGCAUAGCUAAAUGACCAAAUACACAUCAGGAGAUUUCUCUUCACUCUACGAAGAAAAAAAAUAUUUAGAGAUGAAAAGGAUUUCAUAAAUUUGUCAUUUAAUAUGAAGUUGAGACGCUCUUAGAAUCUGUUGUAUCUGCUCAUGGAUUGAUUUGAGGAGAUGGUUAUAUCACAUAAAAGUCAUGCAUUCACAAAAGAGUUUUA